AUGCGUACAGAAAACUCUAACAAUGAGCCUGAUGAAUUUGACCGAUAUUGUGAACUUUCCGAAAUUACUCUUGACGAAGGAUCUUGUGCUUUAGAAUGGUGGCAUAAACACAAAACCUUCUUUUCUACUAUGGCAAUUUUAGCAAGAAGAUAUUUUGCAGUGCCAGCAUCUUCC